AUGACGGUGAAAGAAACUUAUGAAAUAGAUCUUUUUGGAGAUUAUUAUCUCUCUCCUGUCCGCCUGAGUGACAGUGAGAGUACGUAUCGCGCAUUUAUUCGUCCUGAGAUAACCGACAACCUUGCCGGGCCUGCUACUGACAAUUAUACACUACAGGAUGCAAUCGAUUUUUUGAGUUCCUGCGAAAAACAGGAAAAGGAGGUAUUAUAUCCACUCGUAUGGGGUAUCAGAAGUAGGAAAGUUUCUUCACCAACUUUGAUUGGCUGUAUUGAUAUACGGCCAUCACAAAUUGUCAAGGGACAAGAGGGUCAUAUUCCUGAUCCCAAUUUAAAAGAGCCAUUUGCCAUCUUUGGUUUCUGGCUUGACACUGACUAUAGACGAAAGGGCAUAACCUCUGCCGCUCUAAGGGCUUUGGUAUAUGAAGUCGGUGUUAAGCAGUAUAAGAUAUCUCACUUCUACGGCAAUUGCUUUGCUGGUAAUAUUGGCAGUAGAAAGACAUUUGAAAGCGUGGGCUUUAAAUUUGUUCAGCUCGCUAAAGAUGGAGCUAUUAAGCUUGUUCCUUAUCAAGUUAGAGAUGAAGAGAGAUUUGCAUUAAUUUUAGAUCAAAAUUUAUAG